CCUGAGUAAGCGCGCGAAAACUCUACCGUUCUUAUUUUGAAUUUUUUCUUUUUUAAUUCCACUGCGUUCCAUUUUAGUUACUCUUUUGAAAAUAUUUAAAUAAACUUUCAAAUUUUUAUUAGCAACUAAGAGUGGUUGCAAUUUGUACGAGUGUAGCACUAGUUAUGACCGCUUUAGAGUAAUCUAUUCAGAAAGGUGUAAUUAAUUCGGUUCGCUUCGUUACUUUUUAUAUAACAUAUAAUGUGGUCCGGUGGUCAAGAUUUGUUUUUUAUGUUUAUUUAGUUUUACCGUGUCCGUAGACUGCAACUAUCGUGUCGUGACUUUGUGUUUAUGGUGCGAACAAUUUAUGUCAAAUACAUUGAUUGUUACGUUGUGACGUAAAAUGGAACGUUACACGGUGAACCGUAGAUCUAAGAGGAAGAACGAUGGAUUGUUGACUAAGUGGAGAAGAAAAUAUGUCGGUGGUAUCCUGAACAAGAGGUCGUGGAUAAGAAGUGGAUAUGAUCUAAAUAAUGCCAGUUAUGUGAUCAACAGACGAUAUUCGAAGGGCAAGAUGUCACCGGUAUGCCACAACUUCGUCCAAAAUGCAUGGAAGAAAGAUUUCUGCUCAAACUGCUUCAAAUCUCGUGAAGAACACGUUAAGAAUGAAAAUGUAACAGAUGGUACUAAAUACACAGCGACGCCAUUCCAAAACAGAAGUACAUACUUCAAGAAAAAUCCACCGAGUAUACUUAAAAUUCAUCCAAAGAAAAAAGGCAAAAGAAACGUAAGGUUUCCUGAAGAAGUUUGUAGUGUUAUUGGUUUUGGAGGUGAUGAUUGGUCUGAUGGAGAAGAAUUCGAAAUUUCCGAGUAUAAUCAAGACGAUGAUGUUUUUCCUGACACCGAAGAAGAAAGGGAACUUUUGAAAAUCACAAAAUCUAACACCGACUUUAAUACAGUUAAAGCAAAUUUAUUAGGAGAAUCAGUAGCCAAAUCCUAUACAUCCCUUUUAUUGGGCAAGAUGCAAACAGAUUCUGAUGGCAAAAAGAAGACUCUGUUGGUCUCAGUUACUCCUUUUGGACAAGAUAAUAAGGGGCCUAGUAUAAAAUCUCACGUCCGAAAACCCGCUGUUAUUCAUUUAGCAGAACCGCCAUCUGAAAACUCUUCGAACAAUUAUAAAACAAACAUAGUUCUGUCAUCCUAUAUAAAAGAGACAGAAACCGUUAUCUGUGCUGAAAAUUCUACAGGUAAUAUACUAUGUACAGAAAAAUCAUUACUGGAAGAAAUCUCAGAAACAUUAGGACAUAAAUAUAACAGGGACAAUUUGUCUAAUGAAUCUACGAAACCCACAGUUAUUGAAGAAAAAAUAAAAGAAAGUAUGCAAGAUGAAAUUGAGAAAAAAGAUAUUAAUGAAAUAAGAAAGAAUAGUAUUGUUCGAAAAUCACCGCUUGCCAAAACACAAGAUAGACCUAAAGUAAACCUUAGUAGAUCAGAGUUUAAAUUUUGUAAAAUUAAUAUUGAGAAUAGUAGCGUUGAUUCAGCUGUUAGUACUUUGAACUCGACGGCAAAUAACUCAUUAGCAUCAGAUGACGAAAGCUUUAGCGGACGAACAGACUCAGACAACGAUGAUAGCGGUCAUUUUUCCGAAACACAUAAAAACGAAGAAACCGUUAAGAUAAAAGUAUUCAAUGAAAGUGAUAAAAACAUCAAAAUGUCACCAAUUGGCCAAAUCAGAAAAGUAGAUGGACAAGCUUGUACUGGUUACUCCACAUUCCAAAGUUCAAUAAUUGACUUACCUCCAAUAUUGCCUAAACAACCAGACACAAUUUUCUCAGCAGAAGCUAGUCGUGAAUUAGCCGGUGAGCCUGAUGGUCGAGCUGAUCCUGAUGAAACUAAUGAAGCUCCUGCAUUACCUCAAAGUCCAAUACCUGUGAUGGAUCCACGACCAUCAUUUCUACAUGGUAUGAUAAGUGAUAUUAUACCCAGUUCUAAGCCGGCCUUGCCCGAAAAACCAAAAUUACCAGUAAAACCAUUAAUUAAACAGACUACUAAGAAAAAUAGCAUCAAUACACAUCACCAACAAACGGUAAUGCAUUUACAACAUACAUUAAACAAUGACGAAGAUAAAGUUCUUAAAAUGACUGAGGAAAAAAACAAUGAAAUAAGCGAAAUCCACGAAGAUAAAGCGGAACCAAUUUACUAUGCGAAACCAGUAUUAACAAAACAAGACAGUGAUACUUCUUUACAUAGUCUCAGUAAACGUAAGGCUCCCACUCCUCCAUCGUCAUCUCCAGUAGAAGAGUAUUCCAACAAUUUAUACCAAAGAAAUCAGAACGGCUUUAUGAAAUCAGAUUCACCUGUGGUAAGGGAAUUAGAGAAAAGAGAAAGAGCCACAUUGUUUUCACCUAAAAUACGGCCAACAGAAGACGUGACUCAGAAAACUGAUUCUGUACCAGAACCAGCACCACGUCGAAAUAUAUCUCUCUCUCAUGAUAACUUACUCCUCGAUGAUAAACGAAAAGGUAAACUGAAAUUCUCAAUUAAGAAAUUGCUCCGUAUAGGAUCUUCUAAAGAUUUGGAUAAAAAGGAAAUCAGUGUUACCCCAAUUACAAAAAUACAAAGUAAAAUACCUAGCAAAGCAGAGGAAAUUUAUGAUUUGACACCGAAACCGAAACCAAGGCUCGUUAUCAUACAUCCUUUGGAUAUAAAUGGGUCAUCCGUCGAGGUUGUUAAAUCAAAUUGCGAAAUCUCAGAUUUAAGAAGAAUGAGUCACGAUGACGAUUCAUCGAUAUACAGUGGAAGUAGUUCUGCAACCGAUAUAGAAACGCCGAAAGUUACAAAUAAACCUCCACCUCCACCUAGACAAUCUAGUGAGGAUUACAAGACUGUAUCCCAUCUACCAAAACCAGCUAGACCACCUCCUCCAAAAUCCGCUUCAUUACAAAAGAAACAGAAGCAGCAAGCAUGGGCCACUGCGCCGAACAAAAAUGAUAAUAUUUAUGCAAACCUAGGGGAAAUCCGGUCAGCAUUAGCACCAAGAAAGCCAGAGCGUACAGCAAGUAUGCGAGAACGAGAAGCACAUUUAGAGUUACCUAAACGCAGAACCUCAAUAGAUGACGACAAAGACGAAAUCGAUGAUGGCCCACAAGAAAUUGUACAAGCUACCAAUGAAACAGUCAUCAACAAUUACGAUGAUGUAUAUAAUUCUUCUAAAUACGAAGAAGAAAAUUGUGAUUCGGCAAAGAAUAGCGACAGUGACUAUGAAUACGUGCACCAUGCUCUAUCUAGUUCACCAGAAUGUGACGCAGCUUUAAAAGACAGAGAAAACAGUUCAGGAAAUAGAAUAGAAACAAGAAAAGAAACUGAAACUGUUGAAUAUCCUAAGUACAACAAUGGGAUGUUUAACCGGUCAUCACUUCCUUAUUGCGGUAGUGAGACAGAAUCUGAAAUUUAUUCCCCUUAUAGUUUCUAUAGUUCAAACGACACUAUGGAUAGUCCAGGGAAUGAGGACUAUCAGAACGAGAUGACUUCCAAGAACACAACAAACAAAUUACGAGUGAGAAAGGGUCGGAGCGUCGUGCACAAGAACUUAGAAGACAACUACGGUGCGGUCGUUAUUGCAAAUCAUGAAGCCCUCGCCCAAGUUUUAGAACAGGUCCAACAAAGUGCGACUAUGCAGCCGUCUCUUCGAGGUCUGAAAGCUUGCACCAACCUAAGAUGGAAUGAUUUCGCUAUCCAACCAUCUGCGAAGAAUAACUUCGUUAGAGCUGGGAAGCGGGUCUUCUACCCCGCUAUUUGGAGUUCAAAUCAAGGACCUGUGAAUGUAACUCUGAUGCUUUACAAAGAACAGAUGGCCUCUCAACUGGUAUGCCAGCAAUCAGUGCAACCGCAGACCCUGAGUUUGAAUGCCAUAACGGAGUUUUGUGACUUGGUGCCAUUGCAACAGUUCGGAGAGGAGGGUGAAGAUUUAGUGCAAGCCACUAUAGUCGUAUUGGCACAAGCACAAGUGGACACUAUCCAGUCGUACGGGGAGAAUCUCCAGGCUGCCGAAGGUCUGAGCACUAAGGAAUACCAGUUAGUGCAGACUGAGCAGGUCCACGAAGCAAUCUUCAUGAUGCUGCAACUCAUCAAUGGAUUGAAGUGCCUCCAAGCACGAGGACUUGAGGAGAUACCGGAGAGUUUGUCGUCGUUUAUUGCCUUGAGGGAAAUGCAGCCUCUGGUGUCACAUGGGAGCACCCUUAAUUUGCCAUCGCCCGAUGAUAGGCUAAACUCGUUGUGGGCCCCAAAAACUAAUUCAUAUGGACGUCUUUGCAUAUUACAAGGAUUGAGCGAGGAGAUCAACUGCAAAUCAGCAGAGGAGGAGCAUCUCAAUUCUCUAUGUAAAUGUGCUAUGAAAGCCCUCGAGAUCCUGCUACCAGGGGAGAAACUCACGCCUCUAUUAAAGGAAGUACUUCACGAAGAACGAGCUAUAUCCUUGAACCAGGCGAAGUCCGUGCUGGAAUUCAUGCUGUGGGGACCUCUGGACGUGGUCCAAGGUGUUCCAGUUGAUGAACGGGAGUUAUCCUUGCAGAGAUGGUUGGAUUUAGAACGAGCGACGGUGUUACACGGUUUGGUGAGGACCAGAGUCCACUUGAACGUGUUCGAACAGCUCCAUUUGAUGUUCUUAGUGCGGUCGACGGCGAAAGUCAUGUGUGACGCAUCAGUUCUGCUGGAGAAAGCCAGUGUUUAUUAAACUAAGCUUUACUUAAGUCCAUGUCGUUAAGUCUUGAUGUAGACAUUAGGAUUUUUGUUAAGUUGAAUAUACUAUAGUAUAUUCAUUCGCAAAAGCAUAAAGAGUAUAAUAGUGUACAUAUAGUGUACAUCACGAUAUAUGAUUUUGCAAUUGUUAUGAGUCUGUUAUUACAUACAAUAGCUUUAAGUGUUGGGCACCUGAAAAAUUGAACAUACUAAGAUCCUUAAAUAUUUGUCCAAAACUACUCAGUAAUUUCUUCUUUACGAUAUACUAACUAAUAUGGAAUAUAUGUAUUAUAUAUAUAAACAUUCCUGAAUCGCACUAUCGAUUUCUAAAAACUGCAUUAAAAUCC